AUGCUCCUCGUCUACCAGGUCGGGAGCGUCAAGAUCGGAGAGGUCGUCCGCUAUACCGUCACCUAUACGCCCUCCCAGGACCGAAUCCUGCCCUCACCCGAGCGCCUCUACCUGCGCGUCCGUAACACCUCCGCCAUCGCCCUGCGCGCCGCGUUUGUUCAUGGCCCCUACACGCUGGGCGCCGCUGCCUACCCGUCCAACUUCAACCCCAACGUCAAGUUUGCGAACCCCCGCCGCUAUGGCGUUCCCGAGUUCGAGCCCAUGCUCAAGGCUGGUGGCUCGUGGGAGUGCGAGCUGGUGGUGCCGGAGCACAUACGACAGAGCGCGGGAACCGGAGGCGGCGGCCACUUUGGCGGUGCGGCCCCAGGAGACCAAGAGACCGAGUGCGCAUCGUGGAUCGUCGAGGUGUCGUCGCAGGUCAUCUUCUCGACUUCGGCCGCGGUCGGGUACGAGGUGACGCUCGCUAGGGACGCAAAGUCGCUGAACCUGAGUUCCUCGCUGCCCGUCAUCGGCGGCCAGACCCAAGUACCACAGCCCGGCAGGGUCGCCGACCACCAGCAGAGCGUGGGUGCCAAGGACGGCCACCACCCGGCGCAGCUGAAGGGCGUGUUCUCCAAAGCCAUACACCUCAAGGUGGAGGACACGGCCGCUCUGUGGAACACCCCGAGGCUUCCGGGAUGGGACGACCUCAACAUCGACCGGCUCAAGAGCCGUAACAAGAAGGACCAGCCUGUUGAGAGCGUCACCCAAGAGAUACCGCAGGAGGAGAAGCUUGAAAUUAAACAAAAGAAGGUGCACUUGGUUGUCCUUACCCACGGCCUGCACAGCAACCUGGGAGCGGACAUGCUGUAUUUAAAGGAGAGCAUUGAUCAGACAGUCGCGCAGGCCAAGAUUGAUGCCAAGGCCAGGCGUGCCAAGGAGCGCGCUGAGAAGGAAGCCAAGAAAGACGGAGAUGCCACAGAAGAUGAUAAAGACAAGACUCAAGACGACAGCCCUGCAGAAGACGAUGGGGACGACGAAGAGGUCAUUGUGCGCGGCUUCUCGGGCAACGCGACAAGGACAGAAAGAGGUAUCAAAUACCUGGGUAAGAGGCUGGCUAGGUACAUCCUCUCCAUGUCGUACCCCGAUCAGCCGUUUCUGCCGUCAAAGAAGGGCCACACGGAGACGGCAGUCGCUGCAGUCUUCAACAAAACUGAACCAGACAGUAAGGCGGCUCACAAACACAGCACGAUCCAUAAAGAAGAAGCCAAAGAGAAGCGUCCUUUCAAGAUCACCAGCAUCAGUUUCAUCGGCCACUCUCUGGGUGGACUGAUACAGACAUACGCCGUUGCAUAUAUCCAGAAGCACUCACCAGAAUUCUUUACCCUAAUCAAACCAAUCAACUUUGUCGCCCUUGCCACACCGUUCCUCGGCCUCAGCAACGAAAACCCCUUGUAUGUCAAGUUUGCCUUGGACUUUGGCCUGGUCGGCAGAACGGGCCAGGAUCUUGGUCUUACGUGGCGGGCGCCCACCAUCGCGAGGAGCGGCUGGGGCGCCAUCGUCAGCAAUCUUGGCGAAAGUGCACACAAGAGGGUCAUGGGCGAGGUCCAACCCGAGUCGAAGCCUCUGCUGCGGAUUCUGCCGACUGGCCCGGCCCAUACGGCGCUCAAGAAGUUCCGCAACCGCACGGUCUACUCCAACGUGGUCAACGAUGGCAUCGUCCCGCUGAGAACCAGCUGUCUUCUGUUCCUCGAUUGGCAGGGUCUCGGCCGCGUGGAGAAGGCACGACGAGACGCCGGCUUGGUCGAGACACUGGUGGGCGCCGGCUGGGCGGAACUGACCGGCGGAAGCUUGGCACCGACGCCACGGAGAUCCAGCGCCCUCCCUCCGGAUGAGGAGGAGCCUGUGGAUGACCACUCUGGCAACAUCACGCCGACAGCCCCGUCCAACGCUGUUGAGGUGCCGCAGCCGCCGCGGAACGCAAUGAUGGAGGACGACCAGGCUAGUCUCCGGUCGGUCCCUACGCCGUACAACGAAGCAGGACCCGAGGGCGCAAAGGACGGUGCCAACAACGGACCGUUUGCCGGCUUCUUCUCCCUUUUCAAGGGCAACGAGCAAGCGCAGUCCAAAACGCAACCCAAAACGCCCAGCAUGUCCAACAAGCAGCACAAAAUCUACAAGCGGAGUCAGACAAUCAACUUUGACGAGAUGUCGCAAACGUCGGGUUCCAAAGUCACUGCAGGCCACGAGCUGGAGCGAGACCAGCAUAUUGCGCCGCCGAGAACGAGCUUCUUCGAGUCCGCACACGACCUGAUCAACCCCAAGAUUCCUACCACCGAGUACCUCAUCGACCCCACCAAGCGCCCCAGAGCCAUUUUCCACGAUCGCGUCUACCAUCCGUCGGAUAUCCCGCCGCCGCCAUUGAAGAAGAAGCCCACCGGCUCGCUGGCGUCUCGCAGAAGCACUUUUAGGCGGGCUGCAUCGACGGGUUCUGGCGGAUCAAGGACCAGCACGGACUCAUCGCCUCAUCCGUCGCAACGUUUCUCGCAUGAAAACACCAUGGACUCGACGCGAGACUACGACGACACGGCCAAUACGAACCCCGACAAGGGGCCCGAUGAGGAGAUUGAUGGUUCGCAGAUGCGGGUUGAAGAGAAGAUUGCUCGUGCUUACCACCGUGGCCUAGCAUGGCGAAAAGUGCUUGUCAAACUGGAACCCGACGCGCACAACAACAUCAUUGUGCGUCGGAUGUUCGCCAAUGCCUACGGCUGGCCUGUUGUGAAGCACCUGGUCGACGCCCACUUCAGCGAUUCGGCGACCGCAAGGACCCGUGACGAAGACGAGUCGUCUGGCGAGCUGGCGCUCGACAUUGGCCAGGCACCGAACAAGUACGGCGACGAGGUCAGGGAUAGCGGUGUGCCAUCCAACGAUGGCGCGAGCGAUAGGCCCACCGGAGGUCUGCUGUCGCCUAACUCACAACGGGAGGCGGAAGACGUGGUGCCAGACAUGCAGGCGCCACCCAAACGUCGCUCGUCCUCACGUAGCUCAUCGGCCAGCCCGCCCCGGAUCACCAGAUCGCCUCGGCCACGGCCGGAGCGGGUCGAUUCCGUCACGUGGAGCGACCGGGACUGGGCGGACAGCGACGACAGCGAGACAACGGCCACGACAGCCAGCGCCAGGAGCCCCAAGGAUACGGAGUUCAAGGACAAGGAUAAGGACGGCAACCGGUCGACAGCGCCGCUAGGGGGCUGGAACUGGACGGAGAAGAUUGUGGGCAGGGGAGGCUUAACUCGCAAGACGUCCCCGAAGCCGGACGGCAAGAACGACGACGGCGGCGUGGACUAA